GCUUUCCUCUUCGUGCCUCGGUGCCUCGAUCUCCCUUUCUCGCAGGUUUUCUUGAGUUGAAGCUUCGAGCAAGGAUCUUUGGAAUUUUAGGAAGAUGGCAGAGGAUGGGUACAAGGUCAAGUUACAUGUGUACGACCUAAGCCAAGGACUUGCUCGGCAGCUUUCAAUGACAUUUUUGGGAAAGGUUAUCGAAGCCAUAUGGCACACUGGUUUGGUAGUCUAUGGAAAGGAAUACUAUUUCUCAGGAGGCAUUCAACAAGACCCAGCUGGAAAGACUCCCUAUGGAACUCCAAUCCGAGUUGUGGAAUUGGGGGUGACACAUGUUCCUGAGGAAGUCUUUGAGGAGUACUUGCAAGAGAUCAGCGAACGCUACACAGCUGAGACUUACAACCUUCUCAGUCAUAACUGCAACAACUUCAGCAAUGAGGUGGCACAAUUCCUUGUUAGCACCACAAUUCCAGACUACAUCCUUCAGCUUCCAAAUGAAGUAAUGAGCAGUCCCAUGGGAGCACUUAUACUUCCCAUGAUUCAGCGGCUGGAAACAACUUUAAAGUCGGGUGCCGUACCUCAAGCUCCUCAAUUCAAUCCUGUAUCCAUGACCCAAACAAUUGCUCCAACCAGCGUUUCUUCAAGCCCAACCAAGAGAGAUGCCUCUGCAGAGUCCGGUGGCAAUAACGCUGAUUCCGGGAGUUCACGAGCAAAGGUUGUGGGUGAUGCAAAUUCAACUCCACCUGCAGUGAAACUUGCAACAGUAAGCGAAGAGAAGCAACCCCAGCUGGCUGAAGACCCUCUCGGUGACGCUCGCAACAAGGUGCAGGAAGAGAUCACCAGGGAAUUUGCUGCGAUCAUGGCGACCGGGACGAUUCGUGCAAGUGAGGCUGCAGCCCUUGCGACAAGAAGAGUGAUGGAAAGGCAUGGGCGGUUGAAUGUGCCCAUGCAGCGAGGAUAACACAAAAGGCGAAUCGAAUGCCAUUCUUUCGUAGCAGUUUUUGCUGCUUCGGACAUUUUAAACAUAACUUGACUACCAUAUCCCACUAUUCAUCAAUAAAUUCAAUGUGCUUGCAACGUAAA